AUGGCCGACUCUCUCGACUACAUCAGUAUCUGCGAGAGCUGCCCCGCCGGUGAUGGAUGGGGACCGCCCGUGACGACGGAGACGACCCUCGAGGGUGUGCCCUACGCCCCAUUCUCCAAGGGUGACAAGCUGGGCCGCAUGGCCGACUGGACAGCCGAGGGCAAGGAUAGGGAGCGUGGAUCACGCAUGCAAUACCAGCGCAACUACAGGGACCAGCAAGUCUACGGUUCCAGCCACGCCGUCACCUUCAGUGCCCCCGUGGCCGAGGACGAGUCCUCCUUCUCGAUUGUCAGCAACACCCGCGACACGACCAAGACGAGGUACGGCCGUGGAGCAGUCUUCACGCGUGGCAGGGGCCAGCGCGGCGGACGCGGCGAUGCCCGCUCGACCCGGGGCCAGUCAACUAGGGGAGGAGGGGCGGCAGGGCGGCAGGGCGGCAGCAGCUACGACAGCCGUGGCCGCGGCGGCGGCGGCGGCGCUCGCGGCCGUCGCUUCGGGUGGAAGGACUACGACAAGCCGGCGCGCAACCGCGACCCGAGCAUCAACAUCCGUGCGGACUGGGAACUGCUGGAGGAGAUUGACUUCAACCGCCUUGGCAAGCUGAACCUGGACGGCGACGAGGGCGAGGACCUGUCGGACUACGGUUUCCUGUACGCGUACGACCGGUCGUACGACAAGCCGCCCGUCAAGGGGAUGGAGCGCAAGCUGACGGCGCUGGACCGCGCGGCGUACAACGUGACGACGUCGUCGGACCCGGUGAUCCAGGAGCUAGCGGAGCGCAACGAGGCCACCAUCUUCGCGACGGACAGCAUCCUGUCGAUGCUCAUGUGCUCGACGCGGUCGGUGUUCCCGUGGGACAUCGUCAUCGUGCGGCAGGGCGGCAAGGUAUUCCUCGACAAGCGGGACGGCGCGACGCUGGACAUGGUGACGGUCAACGAGAACGCGGUCGACGGGCCCCUGGACGCGGCCGACGGCAACAAGGACAUCAUCAACCAGCCGGCUGCCCUGGCCGAGGAGGCCACCUACAUCAACCACAACUUCGCCAACCAGGUCGUCAUCGAGUCGCAGGCCUCGCGUGUCGACAUGGCCAACGCCAACCCCUUCUACAACUCGUCCGAGGAUACCGACCCCCCGGCCUCCAAGGCCUACCGCUACCGCCGCUUCGACCUGUCGACCAACGACGAGGAGCCCGUCUACCUCAUCGUCCGCACAGAGGUCGACGCCAUCCAGCGCAACGCCGUCUCCGGCGACGUCCAGCGCGUCUCCCUCAAGGCCCUCAACGAGUUCGACUCGAAGGCCCAGGGCAGCGGCGGCGCCCUCGACUGGCGCACCAAGCUCGUCGCCCAACGCGGUGCUGUUGUCGCCACCGAGAUGAAGAACAACAGCUGCAAGCUCGCCCGCUGGACCAUCCAGAGCAUUCUUGCCAAGUCGGACGUCAUGAAGCUUGGAUUCGUCUCCCGUGCCAACCCCCGCUCCAACGACAAGCACGUCAUCCUCGGCGUCGUCGGCUGGAAGCCCCGUGACUUUGCCAACCAGAUGAACUUGUCCAUCUCUAACGGAUGGGGCAUCGUCCGCACCAUUGUCGACAUGUGUGCCCGCCGCGGCGACGGAAGGUUCAUCCUGCUCAAGGACCCCAACAAGUCUGUCCUCCGUCUUUAUGAGGUGCCUGGUGCUCUCGAGGAUGAAGAUGAGGACGAGGAGGGAGAAGAUGAGGAACAGGGUCAGGGUGAGGGUAAUGACGAAUAA